AUGGCUCCCGCCAAGCGCAAGCGACCCGAUCAAUCUUUCGACGGCAACCGACCCUCGCCCCACCGACCUGCAGAUACCGCCAUGGGUCAACGCGGUCGAGAUGGCCAUGAUGGUGGUGGAAGAGGUGGCCGUGGUGGCGGCAGGAACGGCAGGAGGAACGAUCGUCGCGACUCGACGCAGAACCAGGCUGGACAAGGCGCUCCCUACCACCAUCAACAACAAUAUGCUUCUUCACCGACGACCUCUCGCCACCAGACGCCACGAGCACCAGCCGCUGCCGCCGCCCCGCCUGCUCCUCCUGUGGAACAGCCCCCUCCUGCCGCACCUGCGCCAGCAGCGACUCUCCCGGCAACGAUUUCAUCCAACUACCCCUAUGAGAUUCUCACCGAUGACAAGAUUGCGUCCUGGGACAGCGGUUCGAGGCAAGCUCUCAUCGAACACGGCGUGCAGUCAAGACAGGAUGUCGACAUCACCGAGCUGUCCAGCCUUUUCCAGGAAUUCGUGCAGUCAGUUGCCGAAUACCGCCUCAACCCUACUGAUGCCGGCGCCUGUGUCAAAGAGAUCCUCGGCCCGGAAACGAAGGAGGUUAUUAAAGAUUCUUACUCGUUCGAGCCACACACGCUCUUGCUGGACACGAUAACCAUCAUCAUGGACAACCAACCCGACCUUUUUAUCCCAGAAUUUCGGGACUUCCUCAUUGCGACGGCCAUAUCGCCGACGCUCAUCCGCCAAGUGCUGGAUGCCCCUCUUCUUCAGAAACUCGGCCUUAUCCGGGAGGUUUUUGGCAAGAUGGCCAUUCGUCACUCCACCAACAUGCUUUACCGGCAGGCCAACUACAACCUGCUGAGAGAAGAGUCGGAAGGUUACUCAAAACUGGUGACCGAGCUAUUUUCAUGCGUUGAUGACUACGACACACCCACGACAAGGGAGGCCGAGGCUGCUUUCGAGAAGAUCAAGGGGCUUAUUGGAACCUUUGAUCUCGAUGUUGGCAGAGUGCUUGACGUCGCCCUCGAUGUUCACGCCACGUCUCUAGUCAAAGCCAGCAAGUUCUUCGUGAAGCUCUUGCGCGUCAGUUCAUGGUGGCCUCGGAGUAACACGCCUUUCGAUGCCAUCGUUCAGGGUGGUCUUCCCGACUGGGCUCUUCCUCUCCCCUCCGAACUGGAUGAGUCUGCUAUUGCCGAGGUGAGGCGCCAAAGGGACAUCGAAUUCUGGGAAAGAGCACGGGAAAAUCAGAUCCAGGCCUUUUUCGAGCUCGGUGGCCGACGAGCGUCAGAGCAGGAUCUCGAGCGCGCUGCAGCCGAUACUGCUGGCGCCGCGACUGAAGGCGAGGCCGUGAGAUCGUGGAUCACGGCCACCCUACGAUCCAGGGAUACGACCACCAGACCGAAAGCAGCCUCGAAACCUGACCAGGCGGAAGGCGCGGACAAGAAGGAAGAAGAUGAGCCCCAUGAGCAAAAGGGUGCCCUGGUCAUCAGCCUUUUGACCAUCGGGGCCAUCCCCGAAGCUCUCUUCCUGAUCGGCCGCUGGCCCUGGCUGCUACAAGGCUACACCGACAUCACAAGCCGGGUGAACAGGAUCUUGGAGUAUUCCAUCGACAAACUCUACCAAGCAACCCGACCCACCACAACAUCCUCCAUGGCGUGCCCCCCGAAGAAGGUGGCCGAUUCGGACCAGAGCGGCGUCACAAAAGGUUCAGUCCGGCGAUCCGAAAUCCCCAUUCGAAAAUCUAUGCGAUGGCCAUGGCCAGAUGGCCGCCUCGGCGUCAGUGAUCAGCACUACAGGUUCUACUGGGACGAAUGGUCCGACAACGUUCCAGUCUGCCAAACAGUCGACGACGUAUUCACCCUUUCCUCGUCGCUUCUCAACAUUGCAGGCGUCAACAUUGGCAAAAGCGAGCAGCUCCUUGUCAUGUUGGCGAGCAUUGGACAGAAGAGCCUGGCAGAGGAUCAGUCGAAACACAACCUGGACCGGUGGCAGGACCUCCUCCGCCGUAUCCUGGUGCCUGCUCUGAGCACGUCAAAGGGUGCUCCCGCGACAGCCAACCUUGUCUGGUCUCUGCUGAAACAGUACCCUAUUGCUACUCGGUAUAGCAUCUACGCAGACUGGUUCGAAGGGGCCCCCAACCGAGGCUCGGAAGUACGUCGAGCUGCCAUGGUCAAGGCCUUUGCCGACACGAAGUCUAAGGCACAAGGUGUCAUGAAACGUAUCUCUAAGGAUAAUGCUGUGGAGAUGGGAAGAGCCCUCGCAAAACUUACGCAUUCCUCUCCCGGCAUUGUUUUCAAGGUCGCACUCGAGCUAAUGAUGUCUUACGGCAAUCUGAGCGACGUCUUCGCAGACAAUCAGCGGAGUCGUACACAGGCAUCCUACAUCCUGUCCAUCAGUCCAUGGCUGCUUGAGCUGUCGAAGCUCACGGGCAAGCUCUUCAAGCGUUAUCGAGAGCUGGAUGCGACACCCAUCCUUCGCUAUGUGCAUGACCAGCUGCUACAUGGUAACUCGACAGAUUUGAUCAUCCUCUCGGAGUUGGUUGAUGCAAUGGGCGGUAUCGUCAACACAGCCGAUAUCGGAUAUGACGAAGUCAUCGCCAUGUCCGGCAUGGCCUUGCUUCAGCGACGAACGCUGAUCAGCCUUCAAGAUCGUCGCUUUGAACCAGCUGUCAUUGCGAGCGCGAAACGCCUGACGCAUGCCCUUGUUGACUCUCGCCUAGCUGGACGUCUGCUAGUUAACAUCGCCCAGUUCAGACAGUCUGCUACUUUCAGACUCUCGGACGACGGCGCGCAUGUCAAAUACCUUUCGUCACUUAUGGACAACAGUCACCAGAUCCUGGUUCAGUAUCUUGAUCUCUUGCGCGCGAACCUUGAACCUGCCGAAUUUGACCGACUCGUGCCCAGCAUCAGCCAACUCAUGGCAGAAUUCGGUCUCGACGCUAGCUUCGCCUUCUCCAUUGGCCGCGAGAGUCUUGCUGCUCAAAUCUUCUCCAAACCAACAACCGCGCCAAAACAAAGUUCGCAAUCAGCGCCAGAUGCUGAAGGCGAUGUGUCCAUGGGCGAUGAUGCGAUAGCCACCGAGCCUGCCUCGGACACCACGAAAUCCGAGACACCCGCUCCGGAAGCGCCAGGGGAAGCUCAUGUUACUGCGGCCACUAGUUUUGAUGCAUUGAAUCCCAUUGUCGAAUCCCUUCGCUCAACAACACCAGAAAGCGCCUGGCAAAAGAUCAGUAUUGAAUUCUUUGCCAUUUUCUGGGCCCUUCAGCUCGGUGAUCUUGGGGUUCCUUGGGCACCUUACCAUGCUCAGCAAGCUCGUCUGCAAGAACAGUACCGGCAAGUCACGAAAGAUCGCAAGCUUUUGCAAGCCCAGAAGAGUGCAAAACAAAAGGAACUGAAGGACACCAUGGACACUUUCAUUAAGGAAAGCACCCAACAGUCCGAGAGAGUCGCCAAGGCAAAGGUCCUCAUCACCAAGCGUAUGGACACCUGGUUCAUGGGUGAGCCGCUGAAACCUAACGGUGUUUCUGAUGCCAUCCUCGAACGAUGUCUCCUUCCUCGCAUCAUUCUCUCCAAGAUCGAUUCCGAGUACUCUUUUGCCCUCAUCAAGUACAUCCAUGAACUUUCGUGCCCUAACUUCCGUCUCAUGGCGCUGUACGACCGCCUCUUCAAGGCCAACAGGCUGCGCGGCAUGCUCUUCACUUGCACUGUACAGGAGGGCGUGUACCUGGGUCACUUCUUCCACCUCAUACUGCGCGAGCUCAACAAAUGGCACAAGUCCAGCGCCGACUACGAAAAGGAGGCCAUUGGCAAGAGCAAGAGGUCUGGUGGCUACCUUGGGUUUGCGACUGCAUUCGAUGACGAAGGUCAUCCGACAUCCCACCUCGACCACGCAGAGUUCCAGGACGUGCUAUAUGGGUGGCACAAAAACAUCAACUUGGCCCUCAAGGCCUGUCUUUCUGGCACCGAAUGGACUCACAUCCGCAACGCCAUCUCAUUCUUAACCGAGGCCCACGAGGACUUCCCCGCGGUCACGUUCAUGGGCACCCAACUCCAGAGCCAGCUUAAGACUAUCGUGACACGCGAAAAGAAUCUCAGAGGCGAUCUGUGGCUUACGGCACAGCGCGUCCUGGGCAACAUGGCUAAGAUGGAAAAGACUUGGAUUGCACCGCAAGCCUUCCGGACAAACUUGUCCACGCAAAGCGCUGCUCAAGGCAAUGAGGACGAGCAAGCAUCCAGCUCAGGCGGUAGUCUCCGAGCCACUGCACCAGAGUUUCGACCCUCACCUCAGAACGAGGACGGCGAAGUGCAGGAUGGAAAAGCUUCUUUUCCGCAGCGUUCGACGUCGACUCGAAGGGAUGCCAAAGGUACUCCUCAGUCUAAUCAGAGGGAUUCUCCCCGGCUACCGGUUUCCACGCCGAGUGGCCCGAAGCCCAUGCAUGGCGCGUUAUCUCACAACCGGUCAUCUACACCGAACCCAUCGGAGACGCUGCCUCAUGCUCCGGGUUCAUCGAACAGGGAUCCAAGACACCCGAAUAUGCCAUCAAGCCGAAACGCGUCCAGUCUUCCCCGCGGACCAGGUCUUCCACAGCGACCCCCUGGCCCUAUCCCAGAACACCAGCCAUUGAAUCGCUUUACACCAGCAGGACCUAAUGAUCGCCGAGAUGUCAGGGACCAUAGAGACCCCCGCGCGCCCAGAGACAGCCGAGAUGCCCGCGAAUCCCGAGACCAACGCGACACCAGAGACUCCAAGGAGCCCAAGGGUGGAGACGUUUCUCGACAAGAAAAUAGCCGUGAGAACUCAAGACCUGAGCGCCGUGGCCCAGAUGUACCUUCGAGAGAUAGUGGUCGGCUGUCCGAAGGCGAUCGACCCCCUCGCCGCGACCAUCUUCAAAGCGGUCGAGAAGCCGAAACGCCGAAGGAUAGGUUGCCGCAGAGCACCAACCAAGGCCCUGACGUCGACAGGUCUGGUCGUGAGGCUGGGACACCCGUGGGUGGCUCUACGGCAGCAAUCGAGCCGCCCAUCAAUCCUGCGCGUGCAGCCUUGUUUCAGAACGACACCCCCUCCCGUACCGAGCGACCCGAUCGUGAACGAUCUCGAGCGCGGGACGGUGAACAAAGAGGAGCGCAGCGUCAUCAAGGGCCGGAAGGGCCGGAGCAUGAUCGUUCAGAAAUCAUGAACCUUGAGCGACCCGUUCUGUUCGGCGAUGGGCGACAGGAGCCAUUGCCCCGACAACCGCGCGACGAUCCUCGUGAACGAGAUCGUGCACCGCGAAAAGACUCACCUGCACGAGGUGGCCGUGUCCACCCCGACCGACUUUCCUCAGAUCCCUUCAGAGACGCGGUCCGGGAGGAGCAGUUCGGCCGCCCUACUCAUCCUACAGAUGCCCGGAACCCUAGGAACCCACGGGAACCCAGAGACCCCAGAGACCCCAGAGACCCCAGAGACCCCAGAGACCCCAGGGAUCACAGAACGGACGAUUCCAGAGCUUCGUUCCAAAGAGGCCCUGAGAGGGACAGUGCAUUUAGUGGCUCAGACAGCAACACCACGCGGGAUGCCUUCCUUUCCAGGGCCGAACGCGACAAUGGGCGGCCCAAGCAAGACGACCAAUACGGACGCCUCAACAGCAACUAUCCGAUUGCCUCAGUCGUUGAUGCCCCUUCAGGCCCUAGAGGGCGAGGCGCACGACCGAACCCGAGGAACAACUUCAACACACCGCCUCCACCACCGCCCCGCGGUGAUGGUCGCCUUCCUCGUACCGGUAGCCCCGGCGCAUCCACUACUGAUGAUCGACACCCUCCGGCGGGACCGUCGUCAGGCCGAGGACAUCGCAGUCAGAAUGCCUCGGGUUCUACACCCAACUCGAAUGCGGUUGCUCCCGGCGUGCAUCCUGAUCGUUUGGCACAGAUGGGUCCACCGCCACCUGUGUCCGUUGGGGACGCUCAUUUACGUCAACCCACAAGCACCCCAGAUCGGCCGCUGCCUUUGGGUCAAGGAUCCCAUCAUAUCCCUUCUGGGAACUUCAACGGGCCGACCCCUGACUUUGCAACUCCCACCGGGCCCGCCUCAGGAGGUGGCCGAAAGCAGGGUGGAAGAAGACAGCUUGAGGGUAUCAACAGCACACUGCAACAGGCUCAAGGCAGACCUGACCCUAUCAAGGGUACGACCAUCCGAGGCAGGAGCAGUCGGACUAAUCUAGCCAACUCGGAUGCUCAGAUUCUGACGGGAGGGUCGCCGGUGUCGACGCCAGCCCACGAAGAGUACCAGGAUUCUCUUCAGUCGUCUGACAAGAGGCCCUAUGAGGGCGACGAUCAUGGCCGGGGGGAGCACGAGCGCGGUCGUAGGGAGCGCGAUCGCUCUGAACGAUCUGGUCGACCAUCUAGGAGAAGCAGCAGAGAGCGUCAGCGUAGCCCUGGAGGCCACGAGCGGGAGGGCAAGGACAGUCGCUCACACCGGGACCGACGUUCGGGCGCUGCAGGCCAUGGCUCGUCCUCUCGAGACGAGCAUGAGCCCAGACGUUCUACGCGUGAUCCGAGUGGCGGCCACCCCCGAGAGUCGCAGACAGGCGCGCUGCCUCCGAACAAUAGGGACGGCGCCCCCCGCGAUUCUCGUCAUCGAGGCGAUCGGGGUGAUAUGGGACCAGGAGGUCUCGUGGCGGAGGAGUGGAACGGGAGUGCCUCAAGGCACCAACGGAGCGGACAGAGAGACUCUGUGCUCAGACCGCCGGACGAUCGUCGCGACCCGCGGGACAACAGCAGGAAACGGAGGAGUGAGGACGCGAACGGGUUCUCAGUGGAAAAGAGGCAGAGGCGUUAG